CCGGCACGUCCCGACCUUUUCAUGGAGAGCACAACCCCCCUGCAAGGAGGAGAGCAGCGGGGCUCGUCGGACCUGAGACCCCGGCAUCAAAAUGCUGAUAGUCGAAAAGACGGCUGACUUCCCUACCGCCGAAUACUCGCUGGUGGAGGAUGUAGCCCUCCACUUCACGUGUUUGAUGGACAGGCUGAACAAGCAGCGACUGUUUCAACCAGACCUGUGUGACGUUGACGUGGUCCUGGUGCCCCAGAAGAGCAUCUUCCCGGCCCACAAGGGGGUUCUCGCCGCCUACAGCCAGUUCUUCCACUCCCUCUUCACCCAGAACAAGCAGCUCCAACGGGUGGAGCUCUCCCUGGAGUCCUUGACCUCCCAAGGCCUCCUGCAGAUCCUGAACUUCAUCUACACCUCCAAGCUGCUGGUCAACGCCUGCAACGUGCGGGACGUCCUGAGCGCGGCCACCGUCCUGCAAAUGAACAACAUCGCGUCCUCGUGCCAGGAGCUGAUCAACACCAGGUCGCUCAGCCUGGCGGUGGCCGGCAACAUGGCGUUGCCUCCUCCGGAUAACUGCGCCAAAGGCCUCCCGUCUCAGUAUUACUGCGACAUCAAGCAAGAAAUGGAUUCCCCGCACCCAAAGAUCUAUGCCCGGGAGGGGAACGACCCGUAUUCCUUGCGCGUGGAGGACCGGGCGGCCUGCGAGGGCAACCAGCAUGUCCCGUCGGUCGCCGCCAAGAAAUAUUACAAGGAGGAGAAAGAGGGCAGCCUGCCGCUCUGUAAGAUGGAGGGGAACGAGUCCGAGGUGGGUCUGGGCAACCCGGGUUCAUACAGCCGCGGCGAGCAGAUCAUCGUGGAAGUCAACCUCAACAACCAAACCCUCAAUGUCUCCAAGGGGGUGGAGGGAAAGCCUUCCGCUGUCAACCAAUCGGCUGCCCUCGCCGCCGUGAUUGGACGGCCCAAAGGGGAUGGGCACCCCGCGGAGGAGCACAGAGAGGAGGAGAAUGGGGAAGGGGAGGAAGAAGAGGAGGAGGAGGCUGAAGUCGGGGAGGAAGAAGAGGAGGAGCACAGCGAAGAGGAGGACCUGGAGGAGACCUCCGAGGAGGAGGAAGAGGAGGAGGACGAUGGCGAGGAGCUGGCCGAUAUCAAAAGGGAGAAGUCCGGGCUGUCCCACCGACCCAGCAGGGCUUCCAAGGCCGUGAAGCCUGCCGUGUCUACGGGAACCCAAGAGGCUGCCGAGGUCACUGUGGCCAUGGAAGAGGAGGAGGAGGGGGAGGAGGAGGAGGAGGAAGAAGACAGGGAGGAGGAAGAGGAGGACCAGAGAGGGAGGAAGAGGAAGAAGGACCCAGACGGACCCGGCCAGAAGGUCAAGCUCGAGGAGAAGCAGCACUACCCGUGCAAGAAGUGCCCCCGGGUUUUCAACAACCGCUGGUACCUGGAGAAGCACAUGAACGUCACGCACAGCCGCAUGCAGAUCUGCGACAAGUGCGGCAAGCGGUUCCUGCUGGAGAGCGAGCUGCUGCUGCACCACCAGACGGACUGCGAGAAGAACAUCCAGCCCAGCGCGAUGCUGGAGACGAUAGCCCAGCAGGCUUUGGUGACAACUGAAGCCCUCGAGAAUUGUCUCUUUGCUCACACCAAGGACAUGCCCUUCACCUGCGAGACCUGUGGGAAGUCUUUCAAGCGCAGCAUGUCCUUGAAGGUUCAUUCUCUGCAGCACUCGGGAGAGAAGCCCUUUAAGUGUGAGAACUGCAACGAGUGCUUCCAGUACAAGUACCAGCUCCGAUCCCACAUGAGCAUCCACAUCGGCCACAAGCAGUUCAUGUGCCAGUGGUGCGGGAAGGACUUCAACAUGAAGCAGUAUUUCGAUGAGCACAUGAAAACCCAUACAGGUGAAAAGCCCUACAUCUGUGAGAUCUGCGGGAAGAGCUUCACCAGCCGCCCGAACAUGAAGCGGCACCGCCGGACGCACACGGGAGAGAAGCCCUACCCUUGUGACGUUUGCGGCCAGCGCUUCCGGUUCUCCAACAUGCUCAAGGCCCACAAGGAGAAGUGUUUCCGGGUCAGCAACUCCGUGGCCUCGGAUCCCGUCAACAACAGCGACCCGAACUCCAUCGGCUUCCCUGCUCCCCAGAGUGCCAACCCGGCUCACCUGGCCCCCAGCGGCCCGCUUCACCCCACGGCACACGCCCAUGCGCUCCCUUUGCCGCUCAUGCAUGCCCAGAGCCUCCCCCCGCCUCCUCAUUUACCGCCACCGCCUCCUCUCUUCCCAGCAAGCAGAGUGAACUUGAAUCACUAGGAGUCUCCCCUUCUCGUCGGGCUCACGCAUCAACUGUUCUGCGGUUCAGGAGACGGCCAGAUGUCUCGGUCACGAACAUCGUGGAGGGUUGCGGAGAAGGUUGAGUUGGGUUUGGGGGGGUCAACAGGCUUUGCCUUUAGUCUACAGUGUUGAAGGGAUUGGGGUUCUUGGCCUGAGCCAGUAAGCCAUCUUUGCUUCCCAUUUUGCAUAUCAUUGGAAAGAGAUCUUCUGUUUUCCUUGCAUGUGGAAGGGUGUAGACCAAACGCCACUUGCUCUGGAGGUCUAGGGAUGCUCCGGGGUGGAUUUUGCCAAUGGUUAUGAUGCAAACAGUAAUCCUCCCCUCCUUCUACCAACUCCUCACCUGUGGUAUAGUGGGGAAUGGGCUCGCGUCUCUCCUUUGGAACCUGGGCCAACAGUUCGGAAGGAGCAAACACGGCCCUCUCACACAAUACAAUACGAAACCUUUAUUGGCAUAUAAAAUCAGUAAGAGAAGAACUUCAUCAAGCUAAAAUUGCAUCUGUAAAUCUUAGAGCACACCAAUAUUAAGGCCCCGGUCACACGGAGUAUUAGGCACGCUAGAGAGAUGGAAGAUUUUCCGGGCA